CCCUACUUCUGCAAAGAGCAACCGCAGCUUCCUUAUCCAAAUAUGAGCCGUAGAAUCUCUCCUUUUAUUCCCCCCCUCCUGCUUUUAUUCUGUCUUGGUUUGCAGCUUGCCAAUGGUAGGGUCACUGAUACUCUCCGACCAGGCCAAUCACUAACAACCUCGGAGACUAUUGUCUCUGCUAAGGGGAAGUUUGAACUUGGUUUCUUCUCCCCGGGAAAUUCGACAAGGUAUUACGUGGGAAUAUGGUACAAGAAAGAUCCUAACCGCACCGUAGUUUGGGUUGCAAAUAGAGAGCGGCCAUUCCCAGAUUCCUCUGCCGUUCUAACCCUAAAUCCAAAUGGGACCCUUGUAAUAUCUGGCGGCAUAAUGCAGUACACGGUGGCCAACACUUCAGCUGGGAACGAUACGGCCUAUGCCAUGCUAUUGGAUACAGGCAAUUUUAGAGUUGCAAAGAAGGUCUCAGGUGUUGUUUUGUGGCAAAGCUUUGAGCAUCCUACAGAUACUCUUUUGCCCGGAAUGAACAUUAGUGAUUUCACCACAGGAUGGUCAUUAACAUCAUGGAAAAGCACAGAAGACCCUGCUCCUGGUCUUUUCUCUCUGCAUCUCGGUUCUUGGAACGAACUGCUUCGGGGUUCUUGGAAAGAAUUAAUCGUAAUGAAGGGGUCUGAAACAUACUGGACUAGUGCACUCAUUGGUCGUCUGGCUGAUAUAUUAGUGAUUGAUGGGGAGUCCGUUACUUGGCGUAGCAAGUACACCAAUGAAAUGUUAAGAAUAGUUUUAGAUGUAUCAGGGCAGCUUAGACUGCUCUCGCGGGCAGAAGUUAACCAAUCUUGGCAUUUGUUACCCUCACCUAAGUGCGGGGCUUAUGCAUUAUGUGGUGAUUACAGCAUAUGCAGUGAGACAACGGAUAGAGGAUGUGACUGUUUGCCAGGAUUUAAACAGCUGGUAGCUGAAGGGAAUAAGUCGAGUGGCCGAGGGUGUGUGCGGAAAAUUAAUCUGAAGUGCGGAAAUGAUACACAAUUUUCCCCCUUGUCUCAGGUAGAUUGGCCCAGUAAUCCGAAUAAAUUGGACAUUAGCGACUCUGUAGAGUGCAUGUCAGCUUGCUCGACCAACUGUUCCUGUAUUGCUUAUGCUUAUGAUCAUCGAAAGCAUGACUGCUUAGUAUGGGAAGGUCCUCUGCUAAAUGUGAAGCAGCUCUCAAAAGACGAUGGAUAUGGAAAUGAUUUUUAUCUGAAGCUCGAUCGUUCGGAAUUGAUUACCAAAGGACAUAAGAACACGAAGGUUGCAGGGCUAUUGUGGGCAGUCAUCAUACCGACCACAUCUCUUGCAUUGGUAUUCAGUCUUUUUGUUUAUUGUGCGAGGAGAAAGAAAGAGCGCAGAAGAAAGGGGGACGAUUUGUUACUGUUAGAUUUGAGCAUGACUAUAGAGUCUAAUAGUUCGGAGCUUACUGAGUCAAGUAGGCAUGGGGAUAGUAGAAGAGGCGAAGUCAAAAUGCCAUUAUUCAGUUUUGCAAGUGUUUCUGCGGCUACUGAUAAUUUCUCGGCUGCAAAUAAGCUAGGCGAGGGCGGUUUUGGACCCGUUUACAAGGGAAUAUUACUGAGAGGGGACGAGGUAGCAGUAAAAAGACUUUCGAGAAGGUCUGGGCAAGGUUGGGAGGAGCUAAAAAACGAAGCAAUGCUCAUAGCCACACUCCAACACAAGAAUCUUGUUAGACUUUUGGGCUGCUGCAUUGAAGGAGAUGAAAAGAUACUUGUUUAUGAGUAUAUGCCAAAUAAAAGCUUGGAUUUCUUCUUGUUCGAUCCAGAAAAGCGCAAGAUGCUAGAUUGGGGGAAACGGAUUCAAAUCAUUCAAGGGGUUGCUCAAGGACUUCUUUAUCUUCAUCAGUAUUCCAGGUUAAGGAUUAUACAUAGGGACUUGAAGGCUAGCAACAUUUUGUUGGACACCGACAUGAAUCCCAAAAUUUCAGAUUUUGGAAUGGCAAGAAUAUUUGGAGGAAACGAGUCAGAAGCAAAUACUAAUAGGAUCGUGGGCACGCACGGUUACAUGUCACCUGAAUAUGCUCUGGAAGGUGUCUUCUCCAUCAAAUCUGACGUCUUUAGCUUUGGCGUCUUAUUGUUAGAGAUUUUGAGUGGCCGGAAGAACACUGGUUUUUAUCAACUUGACUCUCUCCAUCUUUUGGGAUAUGCGUGGGAAUUAUGGAGUAGUGACAAGGGAUCAGACUUAGUGGAUCCGUUGCUCCUUGAUGAUAUGUCCUCCAUGUAUAUGGUGUUGAGAUAUAUUAACAUUGCUCUUCUCUGUGUACAAGAAAGUGCAGCGGAUAGACCUACCAUGUCCGACGUUGUCGCAAUGCUUAGCAAUGAUAGUACAGUUCUACCUUAUCCCAACCAACCUGGUUUCUUGUUUGUGAGAAGUAACAUGAAGGCAAACCCAAUCAGUGGCGUGUCAGACUUCUCUUAUAUGAAGAAUGCAACAGUUUCAAUAGUUGAAGGCCGUUAUCUCCUUAUAAGUCCAAGAAUAUACCGUAGUUCUGCAGAGAGCAACCUGUGCUGCAAGCUUUCUUAUCCAAAUAUGAGCCGUAGAAUCUCUCCUUUUAUUCCCGCCCUUCUGCUUUUAUUCUGUCUUGGUUUGCAGUUCGCCAAUGGUAGUGUCACUGAUACUAUCCGACCAGGCCAAUCACUAACAACCUCGGAGACUAUUGUCUCUACUACGGGGAAGUUUGAAUUUGGUUUCUUCUCCCAGGGAAAUUCGACAAGGUAUUACGUGGGAAUAUGGUACAAGAAAGAUCCUAACCGCACCGUAGUUUGGGUUGCAAAUAGAGAGCGGCCAUUCCCAAAUUCCUCUGCCGUUCUAACCCUUAAUCCGGAUGGGACCCUUGUGAUAUCUGGCGGCAGAAUGCAGUACACGGUGUCCAACACUUCUGCUGGGAACGAUACGGCCCAUGCCAUGCUAUUGGAUACAGGCAAUCUUAGAGUUAUAAAGAGGGUCUCAGAUGUUGUUUUGUGGCAAAGCUUUGAGCAUCCUACUGAUACUCUUUUGCCCGGAAUGAACAUUAGUGAUGUCACCACAGGAUGGUCAUUAAAAUCAUGGAAAAGUACUGAAGACCCUGCUCCUGGUCUUUUCUCUCUGCAUCUCGGUUCUUGGAACGAACUGCUUCGGGGUUCUUGGAAAGAAUUAAUAGUAAUGAAGGGAUCUGAAACAUACUGGUCUAGCGCACUCAUUGGUCUUCUGGCUGAUAUAUUUGUGAUUGUUGGGGAGUCCGUUACUUGGCGUAGUAAGUACACCGAUGAUAUGUUAAGAAUAGUUUUAGAUGUAACAGGGCAGUUUAGACUAUUCUCAUGGACAGAAGUUAACCAAUCUUGGCAAUUGUUAUCCUCGCCCAAGUGCGGGGCUUAUGCAUUUUGUGGUGCUUUCAGCAUAUGCAGUGAGACAACCGAUAGAGGAUGUGACUGUUUGCCAGGAUUUAAACAGUUGGUUGCUGAAGGAAACAAGUCGAGUGGCGGAGGGUGUGUGAGGAAAAUUGAUCUGAAGUGCCGCAAUGAUACAAAAUUUUACCCCUUGUCUCAGGUAGAUUGGCCAAGUAAUCCGAAUAAAUUGGACAUUAGCGAAUCUGCAGAGUGCAUGUCAGCUUGCUCGACCAACUGUUCCUGUAUUGCUUAUGCUUAUGAUCAUCGAAAGCAUGACUGCUUAGUAUGGGAAACUCCUCUGCUAAAUGUGAAGCAGCUCUCAGAAGAUGAUGGAUAUGGAAAUGAUUUUUAUCUGAAGCUUGAUCGUUCGGAAUCGAUAUGGAAUGGUGUAACAUCUCCAGGACAUAAGAACACGAAGGUUGCGGGGCUAUUGUGGGCAAUCAUCAUACCGACCAUAUCUUUUGCACUGGUAUUCAGUCUUUUUGUUUAUUGUGUGAGGAGAAAGAAAGAGCUCAAAAGAAAGAAAGAGUUCAAAAGAAAGGGGGACAAUUUGUUACUGUUAGAUUUGACCAUAGAGUCUAAUAGUUCGGAGCUUACUGAAUCAAGUAGGCAUGGGGAUAGCAAAAGAGGCAAAGUCAAAAUGCCAUUAUUCAGUUUUGCAAGUGUUUCUGCUGCAACUGGUAAUUUCUCGCCUGGAAAUAAGCUUGGCGAGGGCGGUUUUGGACCUGUUUACAAGGGAACAUUACAGAGAGGGGAUGUAGCUGUAAAAAGACUUUCAAGAAAAUCUGGGCAAGGUUGGGAGGAGCUAAAAAACGAAGCAAUGCUCAUAGCCACGCUCCAACACAAGAAUCUUGUUAGACUUUUGGGCUGCUGCAUUGAAGGAGAUGAAAAGAUACUAGUUUACGAGUAUAUGCCAAAUAAAAGCUUGGAUUUCUUUAUUUUUGAUUCAGAAAAGCGCAAGAUACUAGAUUGGGGGAAACGGAUUCAAAUCAUUCAAGGGGUUGCUCAAGGACUUCUUUAUCUUCAUCAGUAUUCCAGGUUAAGGAUUAUACAUAGGGACUUGAAGGCUAGCAACAUUUUGUUGGACACCGACAUGAAUCCCAAAAUAUCAGAUUUUGGAAUGGCAAGAAUAUUUGGAGGAAACGAGUCAGAAGCAAAUACUAGUAGGAUCGUGGGCACACAGGGUUACAUGUCACCUGAAUAUCUUAUGCAAGGUGUCUUCUCCGUCAAAUCUGAUGUCUUUAGCUUUGGUGUCUUGUUGUUAGAGAUUUUGAGUGGCCGGAAGAACACUGGCCAUCUUUUGGGAUAUGCGUGGGAAUUAUGGAGUAGUGGCAAGGGAUCAGACUUGGUGGAUCUGUUGCUCCUUGAUGAUAUGUCCUCCAUGUCUAUGGUGUUGAGAUAUAUUAACAUUGCUCUCCUCUGUGUACAAGAAAGUGCAGCGGAUAGACCUACAAUGUCCGACGUUGUCGCAAUGCUUAGCAAUGAUAGUACAGUUCUACCUUAUCCCAACCAACCUGGUUUCUUGUUUGUGAGAAGUAACAUGAAGGCAAACCCAAUCGGUGGCGUGUCAGACUUCUCUUAUAUGAAGAAUGCAACAGUUUCAAUAGUUGAAGGCCGUUAAGCUUUGAAAGACCGGCCAUAAGCGACAUACCAUCUGUGUAAAUCAUCAUAAAAACAUUCUGUUUGGUUGCCUACUUACUUACGGUUUGUACUUCCCCUUUUUCCUGUUUUAUGUCAAAGUCCACUCAACAGAGUGAGCAGUGUGUAUGGGAUUUUUGAGUCUUUAGCCAUAGAACCUGUU